AUGUCGCAGAAGACGUCGUUGAAGUAUGUCCGUCGGGAUGGCGAGCGAGGGAAAGAGCUUUUCACGUUUGAAGAAGUUUCGAAGAUCGAUGCCAUUGACAGUCAUACAUACCAAGCGAACGUUCAUCCGGAGUUCAGUUAUGGGACAUCUGCUCAUGGCGGAUUCCUCCUCGCUCUCAUCUGGAAGACAAUAACACUACACUUCUCGACAUCACUGUCUCGUCUCAACCAACCCAAUACUUUCUCCCUCCACAACGAAUUCCUUCGACCCUGUAGCACCGGCCCCAUCGAGCUCAAGAUUCGAGAUGUACGAAUUGGGAAGACAACAAGUACAAUCCACAUUACUCUCUCACAAGCCAAGUCCGAGUGCUGCGCAUGCUACGCCACAAACUCCGGCCCCCUCGCAAUACGGAACACAAUUUCGCAGAACACCGGCUACCGUGGCCAACAAUCCCUUCCGCCUAUAGAUUUUGACGCUGUACUAUCUCAGAAAGAUGCGAACUGGACCCGCUACGACGUUGGCCGCGAUCCUCAGACCCCGAACCACACCCUUUGCAAUGUGAUAUUCGUCAUGCCAAGACAUCCUCCUUCCCCAUCCCUCGAUCCCCGAAAUCGACGCUUCACGACCCAAUGGAUUACUCCUCGGAUUCCAGAAGAGAAGUGGACGACUCCGAUGCUAGGCCUGCUCAUGGACCAUUCAGUCCCUCCACUGGAAAACUUCUUCCCAGACGCACCGCAUAACGCCUUCUCUAUGCCUGUCCGCGCUCUACAGAAUGAAGAACAAGGUUUAACAUCAUACGACCAUCCACCUUGGAGUUCACCGAGAUAUUAUCCGACUGUGUCAAUGACGAUCGAGGUGAAGAGGCAGCUACCAGAUGAGGGAGUCAAGUGGUUGUGUCUGAGGUGGGCAAUCAAGGAGUGCGUGGAUGGGAGGUUCGAUAUUGAAGCUGAAAUUUGGGAUCCUGAAGGAAACCUGGUGGCGUUGGGGCAGAGUUUGUGGUUUGUGGUUGAUCUGAGGGCUUUGCAGGGGACGGGGAAGAGGGUUGUGGAGGCGGAGAAGAAGGGGAUUAGGAGGCAGUAUGGAGAGGGGACUGGGAAUGGUGGGAAGAGCAAGAUCUGA